CGCCACGUUCAAAUAAAGCCUUGUCGAACCGUAUUUGUAUUUGUUUAUCUUAUAGUGUUUUGAAGUGGUUUUUACUGUUUUUAACAUAGAUAAUACAGUAUAUAAACUGAGAGUUUUUAACCCCCGAGGCCCGACCAAAAAGAGGGGUGUUAAGAUUUAUGAACUUUCGAGUUUACAAAAUAUUCUAAACACACAAAGGCGCUUGCUUAUUAUCUAGACGAAUGCUUAUUAUCUAAACUCUCUACCUUUAAUAAAGCCAAUGGAAGAAAAGAAGAGACAAAGAUGUACGUAUGUAAUAGCUCGUCAAAAGAAGAAACUUAUCGAGUUGAUGGCUAAACAUCCUGAAUUAAUAACUUGUAAAGUAACACAGGAUUUUAGUUACAAAGACUCACAAAAACUGUGGCAGAAUAUCGCUAAGGAAUGUAACGCCAUACCAGGUGCAAGGAAAACUUGGAAGCAAUGGAGGAAAACAUGGCAUGAUAUACGCUCAAAAUCUAAGAAGAAACAAGCUCUAACAAUUAGGGACCAGCAAAUAGAGACAACAUUGACACCUGCAGAAAAAGAAGCACUAGGCUUAAAAAGCAUAUCACCGAGUUUUGAAUAUGAAGAUGCUACAGAGUACCUUAUGAUACCUGAUGGUAACCAUGAAUUACCAAUUGAACAACAAUCAACAGCCUCUCUAAGUGAACCAGAUUCUCUCGUAGAUUCAAAGGUUUUUGAAUUUUCUGAGCACAAAAAAAGAAAAGUCAAAAUGAAAAAUGGUCAAAAAAGUAAACAUAGUGAUUGUGCCAUUAAUUGUGAGUUAUUAGCUGUUCAGGAAAAAAGAAAAAUCCAGAUCAAAGAAGAUUACUUGACUUUCAAAAAGGACUAUCUACGACAAAAACUUUUAUUGUUAAAAGAACAGACAGAGGCUCUUAAAAAUAUUGCUAAGGAAUUGUGUAAAUGAAAAGUUCUUAAUGAAAUUUUA